AUGGCGAUGGACAAUGACCGCGGCAUGUCCGACAUUCCCAUUGACGAGGACAUCGAUAUGGACAUCGAUAUGGACACCGUUCUGGACAUCGAUGCCACCGGCACUGGCAUCGACAUUACGCGCGCCACUCCCCGCCUCGCCGGUCUUCCAGCCGAGUUACUCGAACUCAUUGCGUCGCACCUCGACACAAACGGCUUCAAGCAGCUUCGUCUCACCAGCAAACGCCUGUGCAUCAGCACCGGUGCCCUGUUUGGCCGUCGUCAUUUCUCCGACGUCACCACCGACCUGUCCGCUCCGUCCCUGCAGAGACUCCAAGCAUUCAGUACCAUGCAUCCCAACCUCGCCAGCCACGUCAAGGAGUUCAUCGCCACAACAACCAUCAAACCAGAGGGCUGCAAUCUGGGCGGCGGCUUCCUCUGGUCCCGCGAUCAAACGACCAACAGGCUAAACGGCAUUCCCACGGGAUUCCUGCAGGGCUGGCAAGCAACGCUCAAGGGCCUCCCAAACUGCAAAUCAUUCAGCAUGGUCCGUCCGUUUCAUUAUCAUUAUUCAUUGUUUUUGCAGGGCCACGUGGACUUUGCCGCGGCCGAGGGCAACUACCCCAUCCUCUCAUGCUCCGAGACCUUCGAUGUCAUGCUCAAGGUCAUCGCCGACGCAAGCAUCCCCCUGGAGUCAUUCAAGCUCAACCUGAACAAUUACCAUGCCCUCGAAAUGGCGUGCGUCGACACAACCUUCCUCACAACCCAGACCUUCCUCGCUUCCUGGUCCACGCUCAAACGCCUGGACAUCAGCGUCCAGGUCCGAAACGCCGAAAUCUCCAACUACCUCACCGCGCUGAUUACCCUGCCCAAGAACCUAGAGUCCCUGAGCAUAACCCUCAGCGGCGGCGACAGUGCCAGCGCCCUCCUUGCCAACCUCGCACGCGCCUACACCGACGGCACCUGCGCACCCGCCCUCAAAACGCUCUACCUGGAAGAAGCCACCAUCCCACAACGCAGCCUAAGCAAGAUCCUCCUCGCCAACCGCACCAGCCUCCAAGGACUCGCGCUUCACUACAUCCAGCUGGAUGAGCACGGCUCCGUCGCUCUCCUGAAGACCCUGCGGGACGGCGCGUUCGCGAAACUAACCCACCUGACUCUGCGCUACGGCCUGGAAACCAGGAGUGAUGUUGAGGCCGGGACGUUCCCGCCCUGGGUUCGUCCUCGGUGGCGCUUGGAGUUUCCGGGGAUCAGCGAGGGCGAGGAUAGGGAUCCUGUUUGCGGAAAGGGCUUUUCUUAUCGUCUGGAGAUUCGAGGGGGAGUUGCGCGGUCUACGGUUGUGUUUUCGGGCGGAUAUAUGAGGUUGGGGGUUGUGCUGCAGAGGCUUAUUGACAGGGCGCAGGUUGUUUAG